GCGAGACUCUCUGCCGUGAGCUUUUGGCUUUGGGAAGUUUAGAAACCGACAAGCCCGGGCUGCUUUUCCUUUACCGCAACCGCACCGCAUUCGCGAGGCCCUGCACUGGCUGCCGCAGUUUGACGAAGGAGCUUGUCUUAAAUCACAAGCGAUGACUUCGUCAGUUCUGGACGGCGCCGGCUGUGAAUCGCCGGCGCCUCCUGCCUUUUCGCCACUCACAGACCCUGCCGAUCCAGGCAAUCGCGAACCUUCAGUGGGUGUACCCAUCACCACUGAAGCCGCACUUGACGAUGCAGGUUCCUCACAGCGUCAUGAUAAUGGCAUCACUGCCACUGCCAAUGGGCCCGACUCGCAUCUCCCCUCCACAACCCGCCUCGCUCAGAAUUCGCACUCCCACUCCCACUCCCACUCGCGCCCGCAAGCAGAACCAGCGACACCGACAACCCCAGCGACCCCGGCGCCGCGGCCGCACCUCGACACCACCAUGAUGAACAGCACGAUGGAUCUCGAUAUGCCCAUGAAUUCCGCCAUGGAUUACACCGCCAGUCCUGCCCUCGACAUCUACUCGCCGUACGCCCCCCAACAAUCUUCUCAGCUCCUCAUGGCCCUCGCCCGCCUGUCGGCUGCAUCUCUAUCGGCUGUAUCUCAAUCGCAGAUGACGGCACUCCCCCCAUCGACUGUUCGCCCUUCGCAGGUCUCACUUCCUCCGCAUCCCAUUCUCGACACUUCGGACAACCUAGUGCCCGCAACCCCCCACGCCCCCAAUGCCGUUCCGCACGCCGAUACCCCACUCGAGUCGUUCGCCAGAAUCGAGUUCGCCGACAGCGUGUUCCAGAUGACCACCUAUGCUGUCGUCAUUGGCCGUGAUCAACGUGCACUAGACCAAGCAAGACGAGAUGAGCGACGAUUCGAUGAUUACCAGCGCAAAGUACGCGACCACCAGGAGCGCGGCCUGCCUGCUCCCCUGCCGCCGACCCAGGACCGCGGCAAAUUCAGCAAGUCGUACGUCAGUGAGGAGGGCGGCAUGCUUGGCCCAGAAUCUGAUGGCGAUGACAAUCCCCGCCCUGCCAAGAGGAGGAAAACCAGUGGGGGUGUAGGAUCUGCGUCGGGCGAUUCACAACGGGUCGAGCCCGCGGCCGGCGAGCUGGCCAGCUUGGAGGACAAGAACCCGAUCAACAGGCAGUACGUGUCGCACACGCCAGGUGCAGCCGCUGUCAAUCUCAGUGCCCUCCGGCCCUCGCCUCACUAUGUGCCAUUCAUCGGAAUUCACUCGCCCGGGCCGAACAUCGCCAGCAGAACCAAGGCCAUUUCGAGGGAGCAUCUGAAGAUCGAGUUUAACCAGACGGAUGGCGUAUUUGAAGCCAUCCCGCUCCACAAGAACGGCUUCUUUUGCGAAGAUGUCCAUUACAAGGACGAAAAGGUCGUACUGCGGAGUGGUGAUCGCCUGCAAAUCAAAGAUGUCGAUUUCGUCUUCAUCGUCAACGGCGUCCCUCGCGGCAAAACGGGCGCCGAAGACGGUCUGGAGGAGGACGGCGUGUCCAGCAGGCGGUAUUCUGAAGGGGGCAAGGAGAUGAGCUUCGACUUUGAGAGCUCGCAUGACCCAGCAAGACGUAGCACCAGCCCCGAAGAAGUCCCGGCCGUGGUAGUCCCGAGGGAGGACAGCGACAGCGAGCUCUCGGAGCCGGAGGAGGACGUCCUGGAGCCCGAGCCAGAAGAGGCAACAGAGCAGGAGGUCAUGGAGACCAUCGAGAAGGACCUGGAUGUUUCAGCCGCUGUCAAACCGGAGAUGUCGCUUGAAAUGCUUGCCGGCCUGGACCCCUUGGUGCCCAAGAAGAAACGCGGCCCUGGCCGCCCGCCAAAGAACGGCGUCAUGUCCAAGCGAGAGGAGAGGCUUCGGAAGAAAGCGGCCAUGGAAUUUGCCAAGAAAAACAUGCCGCAACCGCCGCCGGGCGAGCCGCCCAUCAAGAGGAAGGUUGGCCGGCCUCGUAAGCACCCGCUCCCAGAAAACGCCCCGGACAGGCCCGAGAAGCGCAAGUACAAACCUCGGAAAUCCAAGAACGGCGAAGAGGGCGAGGGCGAGGGCUCCGACAUGGAAAAAACUAUCAAGGAGAGAAGGCGGGAGAAACCCAAGACGCCACCCCUCGAGUUGGACAGGACCGACUACACCGAGGAACAACUGCAGAAGCCGCCCAAGAACUACGGCAUGCUCAUCGACGAGGUCUUGACGGCCGCGCCCGACGGUCUGACCUUGAAACAGAUCUACAAGCGGAUCCAGAUAAAGUACCCGUUCUACUAUUUCACCGUCGACACCAAAGGGUGGGAGAGCAGCGUCCGCCACAACCUCAUUGGCAACGACGCCUUCAAAAAGAACGAGGAGACUCACCUCUGGAGCCGGGUACCGGGGAUCGAUAUCGACGCAGGCAAGAAGCGAACCAAGGCGACUUCGCCAGAUCAUUCCACUUCGAUGCACACCUUUGGCCAGCACUACUCGACUUCCGCCACUCCGACGCCGCAGAUGUUUCACGCCGAAACCGGGCUGCAACAAGGCUACCGUUCCGCAUCCGUGUCCCAACGUCCCGGAUACGCGCCUGGCCAAGUGGCCCUCGGUCAACAUCCGCAACCGCAACUCGGCGCGCAGGCCGUCGGGGCCGCCGCCCAACAAGCUCCACGGCAGCCGUAUUCAAUCCCUGGGCAGGUGCAAGGCGCGACUCCCACGGCCGCUUAUGGGAAUCCAACCGGGGGACAUCCGCCUCAAGGAAGCGCACAGGCCACGGCUUAUUCUUCACCGUACACGUCGAGACCGCCGCCAGCAGCUACUGCUCAGUCUGGUGGCCCUAGCCAGGGCGUCGCAAGGCAAGGCCUGCCCCCCAAUCACUUGGCGACCCCCGCGAAUGGUUUGCCUCGCGCCGGCCCGCCGUCUGCGCAGACAGCGCCACCGGCCGGCGCGCGUCCGGCGCAGCCCGCUGUCAACGGCAGCUCGCUCCCUGUUAAACCAGCUGUUGCGCCGGAGCUGGUUAGACACGUAACCAACUUCAAGACGACAGUCACAGAGCAGUUGAAGAAGCGAACGUCUGCCGCUGAGGCCGUCGCCAUGUCCGUCAUCAAUCGCGGCCUGGGACUGGCUGCAGAAAGCACGGUUCCGGAAGAAGAGGGUCUAGAGAAGAUCGUUCUCGGAGUGUUCGAGUCGAGUCGGAAGAACUUGGGCGCCAACCAAUCCCUCAACCCUGGUUUGGUGCAGUCCCUGGGCAAUUUCAAAAACAACAUGAUCAAAACGCUGGAGCCCAAGAUGGGCAAGCUAAACGCCGAGCGCCUGAUCUUGUCGGCUGUGGACCGCGUGUUGGGUUUUGCCGACCGGAGCACAAUGCCGGGCCCCGACCCGGACCGAAAGCAGUACGAUGAUGCCGAGAACGUGCUCAUUUCGGCCAUCCAGCGGGUGGUUGCGGACCAUCAACGGACCCUAGCUUCCGCUGCGUCUGUUUCGGCGCCGCCCCGCCCGCCUGCGCCAGCGCCAUCCUCGGCCCCGUCAACGGCGCCCGGAUCUACCCAGAUAUCAAGAAAUGGUCAUGCACCCGCUUCCAGUCAUGCACCAACAGGAGCGUACCCGCCGACGGCUCCCCUGUACCAAGGAGCGAAGCCAGCAACACCGCUGCCUACUUCCUCGGCGCCUGGGCCCGCACGUCCUUCCGCCCCAGGACAAUCUGCUCCAGGGGCACAGCCAGCCACGGCCGCGAGUGCGCAGCAGGUUCCCCGUCUAGCUACUGUCUCAGCACAGGCAGCCCAGACUUCAGCCGUUCCUACAACUCAGACGCGGCCUCAUGCCCCGGUUUCGGGUCCAGCGCAGGGUUCAGCUCAGGCCCCGGGCCAGCACUCGGCACCUGCAACAGCGACUUCGGCCCGGAACCCGGCCGUCACCGGAGCUGUUCAAGCAUCCGCCGUAGGCUCCGUCCAACCGCAGUCCCCGGCUCAUGCCUUGGCCCAAGCUCAAGCCCAGGCCGCCGCCCAGAACGCGCAAGCCCAGAAACCAGCGCAGCCGGGGCCCGCUUCGAGUCAGGCUACCGCCAUACAUCGAACUGUCGGUCAACCUGUUUCGUUGGCUACCUCUGCCGCCCCCGGCGUUACCAAGGCGCCAGCUUUGACGUCUGCCCCAACUGUAUCCCAGCCGCAGAACCAGCAGGCGCUGCCAGCCAAGCCGCAAGGACCCGUCCCGAGUGCCGCGCCGGCCCAGCAACGGCUUACCCACGGCGCUUCUGCCCCUACUAUGGAACGUCCGGCCGCGGUACCGACCCAGACUACGACCACUGCUGCGGCUCCUGCCCCACCCCAAUCACAGGCGCAGACUCUGCCCGCUGCGCCCGCCCAAAGGCCCGCUCAAGCUGCCCCCGUGGCCGCAACCGCCGCAGCUGUAUCCCAAGGAAAGGCCUCGCCUGCUCUAAGUCCUUCACUGCCGGCGCCGAUUCAGCGGCCCGCGCAACCUGUGACUGCGACCUCCGCCUCACCGGCUGCAGCUCAAGGCGGGAUCGCAUCCUCUUCGCCCGGGACAUCCCAUACAAUGAGCCAGUCGCCCACUCCACCGGUGGCUUCGAAGCCGCCGAACCCGACUCAGCCCGCCUCCCAAGGCGCACAGACAGCUGCACCUGUGCCGCCUGCAUCUCAAUCUUUCCUGACUCAAGCGUCGGGCCCUCCGGCGCCGAUGGCUAACAUGGUCACGGCGACCUCACCCACCGCACCGGCCACCGCUCCGCCGCCGACCCCGUCCGCGGCAACCGUCACAGCUGCUCGGUAGAUUAACGGUGAUACAUGGCGUUGAUUGUGAGUUUUCCGAGAAACACGGGAUAAAGGCGUUAUGGUUUUUAGUUUCUGUGUUACAUGCAAGGCAGGACUGGUACGGAAUUCACAUGGCCUACGGGCCUACUACGGACAUGAAUAUAUCAGGUCUCGGCUCAAGCGGCGCUACGGCGCGCAGGCCGGUGAGGAGUUUGUUUGUGGAGGCGAUAUGUUAUCCUACAGUUAAAAUUAGAAAUAAAGGUCUUGUUAUGUA